UGCCUUUCACAUUUUCACCUUUAUCUAUGCUGAAAGUUUUGGUCCGUUAACAUGAUGGUUAUGUUUGAUUCCAUAUAAAGUCAAUUUAUAUAACGUGGAAAAAUGUCGAUUCCACCAUAUUUAUUGGGUCCAAAUCCAUGGGCUACUAUGAUAGCUCAACAAGCUCAUGCUCAAUUAGCUGCAGCUCAAGCUCAUGCACAAGCAGCUGCACAUGCACAAGCUGCACAUCAUGCUCAUAUGCAAACAAUAACAGGACCACCAUUGCCACAAAUGCCAAAACAACCUGAAGUUUUGUCCGAGGACAAACUUCAAGAAAAAGCUCAAAAAUGGCAACAACUUCAGUCAAAAAGAUUUGCAGAAAAAAGAAAAUUUGGAUUUGUAGAUGCUCAAAAGGAAGAUAUGCCUCCUGAACAUAUAAGAAAAAUUAUUAGAGAUCAUGGAGAUAUGAGCAGUCGAAAAUAUAGACACGAUAAACGUGUUUAUUUGGGAGCAUUAAAAUAUAUGCCUCAUGCAGUUAUGAAACUUCUAGAAAACAUGCCAAUGCCCUGGGAACAAAUUCGAGAUGUAAAAGUUCUUUAUCACAUCACAGGUGCAAUUACAUUUGUAAAUGAAAUCCCUUGGGUUAUUGAACCUGUAUAUAUUGCUCAAUGGGGUACAAUGUGGAUAAUGAUGCGAAGAGAGAAACGAGAUCGUAGACAUUUUAAGAGAAUGAGAUUUCCACCAUUUGACGAUGAAGAACCUCCAUUAGAUUACGCGGACAAUGUUUUGGAUGUAGAACCAUUGGAGGCUAUUCAAAUUGAGUUGGAUUCAGAGGAAGAUGAAUCUGUGGCGUCGUGGUUUUAUGAACACAAACCACUUGUUGGCACAAAGCAUGUAAAUGGAUCUACUUACCGAAGAUGGAAUUUAACUUUACCGCAGAUGGCUACUUUGUAUCGUUUGGCUAAUCAGUUAUUAACAGACUUGGUUGAUCAAAAUUUCUUUUACCUUUUUGAUCCAAAGUCAUUUUUUACCGCAAAGGCAUUAAAUAUGGCUAUACCAGGUGGUCCAAAGUUUGAACCAUUGGUAAAAGAUGCAAAUGCUGCAGAUGAAGAUUGGAACGAGUUUAAUGAUAUUAAUAAAAUUAUCAUACGGCAGCCUAUAAGAACAGAAUAUCGUAUCGCAUUUCCUUAUUUGUACAAUAAUAUGCCACAUUUUGUACAUUUAUCUUGGUAUCAUGCACCAAAUGUUGUUUAUAUAAAAACUGAAGAUCCUGAUUUGCCUGCAUUUUAUUUUGAUCCUUUGAUUAAUCCUAUUUCUCACAGAAAUUCACUGAAGACUGUAGAGCCACAAAUUGAGGAUGACGAAGAUUUUGUGCUUCCUGAAGAAGUACAACCUUUUCUUCAGGAAACUCCAUUAUACACUGAUAAUACAGCAAAUGGGAUAGCUUUAUUAUGGGCACCAAGGCCAUUUAAUACACGUUCUGGCAGAACAAGAAGAGCCAUUGAUAUACCUUUAGUGAAAUCUUGGUAUAGAGAACAUUGUCCACCGGGGCAACCUGUUAAGGUUCGAGUUAGUUAUCAAAAGCUGUUGAAAUAUUUUGUGUUGAAUGCAUUGAAGCAUAGGCAUCCUAAACCACAGAAAAAACGUUAUUUAUUCCGAUCAUUCAAAUCAACCAAAUUUUUCCAAACCACUACAAUAGAUUGGGUCGAAGCUGGUCUACAAGUCUGUAGACAGGGAUAUAACAUGUUAAAUUUACUCAUUCAUAGAAAAAAUUUAAAUUAUCUACAUUUGGAUUACAAUUUUAAUCUAAAACCGGUAAAAACUCUCACAACGAAAGAGAGAAAAAAAUCUAGAUUUGGAAAUGCUUUCCAUUUGUGUCGUGAGAUACUGCGUUUAACAAAAUUGAUUAUUGAUUCUCACGUACAAUAUCGUUUGAAUAAUGUUGACGCAUUUCAACUUGCGGACGGAUUGCAAUAUAUUUUUGCACAUGUUGGGCAAUUAACUGGAAUGUAUCGAUAUAAAUAUAAAUUAAUGCGGCAAAUCAGAAUGUGCAAAGACUUAAAGCAUUUGAUUUAUUAUCGCUUCAACACGGGUCCUGUUGGGAAAGGUCCUGGUUGUGGAUUUUGGGCACCUGGUUGGAGAGUAUGGCUUUUCUUUAUGAGAGGAAUUACUCCAUUAUUGGAACGAUGGUUAGGGAAUCUGUUAUCUAGACAAUUUGAAGGUCGUCAUUCGAAAGGGGUUGCGAAAACUGUAACAAAACAACGAGUAGAGUCACAUUUCGAUCUUGAAUUAAGAGCAUCUGUCAUGCAUGAUAUUGUAGAUAUGAUGCCAGAAGGAAUUAAACAAAAUAAAGCUCGAACUAUACUUCAACAUCUUAGUGAAGCAUGGAGGUGUUGGAAGGCUAAUAUUCCGUGGAAGGUUCCUGGAUUACCAAUACCAAUCGAAAAUAUGAUUCUUCGAUACGUUAAAAUGAAGGCUGAUUGGUGGACCAAUACCGCGCAUUAUAAUCGAGAACGUAUUAGGCGUGGGGCGACCGUGGAUAAAACUGUUUGCAAGAAAAAUCUAGGACGUCUUACGCGACUCUAUCUUAAAGCUGAACAAGAACGGCAACAUAAUUAUUUAAAGGAUGGUCCAUAUAUUUCUCCAGAGGAAGCAGUAGCUAUAUAUACUACAACUGUGCAUUGGUUAGAAUCAAGAAGAUUUGCUCCUAUACCUUUUCCACCACUGUCUUAUAAACAUGAUACCAAACUUCUGAUAUUAGCUUUGGAACGCUUAAAGGAAGCAUACAGUGUUAAAUCAAGGUUAAAUCAAAGUCAAAGGGAAGAACUUGGUUUAAUUGAACAGGCGUAUGACAAUCCACAUGAAGCACUGUCUAGAAUCAAACGUCAUCUUCUAACUCAAAGAGCAUUCAAAGAGGUGGGAAUAGAAUUCAUGGAUCUUUAUAGUCAUCUGAUUCCUGUAUAUGAUGUAGAGCCACUUGAAAAAAUUACGGAUGCUUAUUUAGAUCAAUAUUUGUGGUAUGAAGCCGACAAACGAAGAUUGUUCCCUCCAUGGGUUAAACCUUCAGAUACAGAACCACCCCCUUUAUUGGUAUAUAAAUGGUGUCAGGGCAUUAAUAAUCUACAAGAUGUUUGGGAUGUUAGUGAAGGAGAAUGUAAUGUGUUGCUGGAAUCAAAGUUUGAAAAAUUGUAUGAAAAAAUAGAUUUGACAUUAUUAAAUAGACUGCUGCGAUUAAUUGUUGAUCAUAACAUAGCUGACUAUAUGACUGCAAAAAAUAAUGUUGUUAUAAAUUAUAAGGAUAUGAAUCAUACAAACAGUUAUGGAAUAAUUAGAGGAUUACAAUUUGCGUCAUUUAUAGCGCAAUAUUACGGUCUGGUAUUGGAUUUGCUAGUUCUUGGAUUGCAAAGAGCUAGCGAAAUGGCUGGACCUCCUCAAAUGCCAAACGACUUUUUAACUUUCCAAGACGUCGCUUCAGAAACAGCGCAUCCUAUUAGGUUAUACUGUAGAUAUGUAGACAGAAUACAUUUAUUUUUAAGAUUUUCUGCUGAUGAAGCAAGAGAUCUAAUUCAGAGAUAUUUAACAGAACAUCCAGAUCCUAAUAAUGAAAAUAUCGUUGGUUAUAAUAAUAAAAAAUGUUGGCCUCGAGAUGCGCGAAUGCGUCUUAUGAAGCAUGAUGUUAAUUUAGGUCGUGCUGUAUUUUGGGAUAUUAAGAAUCGUUUACCUCGAUCCACAACUACGAUACAGUGGGAAAAUAGUUUCGUUAGCGUAUAUAGUAAAGAUAAUCCCAAUUUAUUAUUUAACAUGAGUGGCUUUGAGUGUAGGAUUUUACCAAAAUGUAGAACUACUCAUGAAGAGUUUACACAUAGAGAUGGUGUGUGGAACUUGCAGAAUGAAAUUACAAAAGAAAGGACGGCUCAAUGUUUCUUGAGAGUUGAUGAUGAAAGUUUGCAACGAUUUCAUAACAGAGUUAGACAAAUUCUUAUGGCUUCUGGAUCCACAACGUUUACAAAGAUCGUUAAUAAAUGGAAUACAGCGUUAAUUGGGCUUAUGACUUAUUUCCGUGAAGCCGUGGUAAACACACAAGAGCUUUUGGAUCUGUUAGUGAAAUGUGAAAAUAAAAUUCAAACGCGUAUUAAGAUUGGUCUUAAUUCAAAAAUGCCUUCGCGAUUUCCACCGGUAGUGUUUUAUACGCCAAAGGAACUGGGUGGUCUUGGAAUGCUUUCCAUGGGACAUGUACUUAUACCUCAGUCGGAUUUAAGGUGGUCGAAACAAACUGAUGUUGGUAUCACUCAUUUUCGUUCGGGCAUGAGUCAUGAUGAAGAUCAGUUAAUUCCAAAUUUAUAUCGUUACAUCCAACCUUGGGAGUCCGAGUUUAUAGAUUCGCAAAGAGUUUGGGCGGAAUAUGCAUUAAAACGGCAAGAAGCCAAUGCACAAAAUCGUAGGCUCACUUUGGAAGAUCUUGAAGAUAGUUGGGACCGUGGUAUUCCUAGAAUAAAUACAUUAUUUCAGAAAGACAGACAUACUCUCGCCUAUGAUAAGGGUUGGAGGAUACGUACAGAAUUUAAACAGUAUCAGGUUUUGAAACAAAAUCCGUUUUGGUGGACCCAUCAACGUCAUGAUGGUAAAUUGUGGAAUUUAAAUAAUUACCGAACAGAUAUGAUACAGGCUCUCGGUGGUGUAGAGGGUAUUUUAGAACAUACACUUUUUAAAGGAACGUAUUUUCCAACCUGGGAAGGUCUAUUUUGGGAAAAAGCAUCUGGAUUCGAAGAAUCUAUGAAAUAUAAAAAGUUAACUAACGCUCAAAGAUCUGGUUUGAAUCAGAUUCCAAAUCGUCGAUUUACUUUAUGGUGGUCACCGACUAUUAAUAGAGCAAAUGUUUACGUUGGUUUUCAGGUACAAUUGGAUUUAACAGGAAUAUUUAUGCAUGGUAAAAUUCCUACACUUAAGAUUUCAUUAAUUCAAAUAUUUCGUGCGCAUUUGUGGCAAAAAGUACAUGAAUCGAUUGUGAUGGACCUCUGUCAAGUUUUUGACCAGGAACUGGAUGCGCUAGAAAUCGAAACUGUUCAAAAGGAGACCAUCCAUCCUAGGAAGUCAUACAAAAUGAACUCUUCUUGUGCUGAUAUAUUGCUUUUCUCUGCUUAUAAGUGGAAUGUUUCUAGACCGUCGUUACUUGCCGAUUCAAAGGAUCUCAUGGAUAAUACUACCACACAAAAAUAUUGGAUAGAUGUGCAACUUAGAUGGGGAGAUUAUGAUUCUCACGAUAUUGAACGAUAUGCUAGGGCUAAAUUCUUAGAUUAUACAACGGACAAUAUGUCUAUUUAUCCAUCACCAACAGGAUUAUUAAUUGCUAUUGAUUUGGCUUAUAAUUUACAUAGCGCAUAUGGUAACUGGUUCCCAGGAUGUAAGCCUCUUAUACAGCAAGCAAUGGCAAAGAUAAUGAAAGCUAAUCCUGCUUUAUACGUAUUACGGGAACGUAUACGAAAAGCAUUACAACUUUAUUCAUCGGAACCCACAGAACCAUACCUAUCCUCACAAAAUUAUGGUGAACUCUUUUCAAAUCAAAUCAUAUGGUUUGUCGAUGAUACGAAUGUUUAUCGUGUUACAAUUCAUAAAACAUUCGAAGGUAAUUUAACUACGAAGCCUAUAAAUGGAGCGAUCUUUAUUUUUAAUCCUCGGACAGGACAAUUGUUUUUGAAAAUUAUUCAUACUUCAGUUUGGGCUGGUCAAAAGCGUUUAGGUCAGUUAGCAAAAUGGAAAACUGCUGAAGAAGUAGCUGCGCUUAUUCGAUCUUUACCAGUUGAAGAACAACCUAAGCAAAUUAUAGUAACCAGAAAGGGAAUGUUGGAUCCCUUGGAAGUGCAUUUACUUGAUUUUCCCAACAUUGUUAUUAAAGGAUCGGAACUUCAAUUACCAUUUCAGGCGUGUUUAAAAGUUGAAAAGUUUGGUGAUUUAAUAUUAAAGGCAACAGAACCGCAAAUGGUGUUAUUCAACUUAUAUGAUGAUUGGUUAAAAACUAUUUCGUCCUAUACGGCGUUCUCCCGUUUAAUCCUUAUACUUCGUGCGUUACAUGUUAACACUGAAAGAACAAAAGUUGUUCUAAAACCUGAUAAAACAACCAUAACAGAACCACAUCAUAUAUGGCCUUCCUUAACAGACGAUGAAUGGAUUAAGGUUGAAGUACAAUUAAAAGAUCUUAUUUUAGCCGACUAUGGUAAAAAAAACAAUGUGAACGUAGCGUCACUAACUCAAUCAGAAAUUCGAGAUAUCAUUUUGGGUAUGGAAAUUAGUGCCCCAUCUGCGCAACGUCAACAAAUUGCUGAAAUAGAAAAACAAACGAAAGAACAGUCACAGCUUACAGCAACAACCACACGAACAGUAAACAAACAUGGAGACGAAAUUAUUACAGCAACAACUUCCAAUUAUGAAACACAAACGUUUAGCUCGAAAACUGAGUGGCGAGUACGAGCAAUUUCUGCUACUAAUUUACAUCUUCGAACUAAUCACAUAUAUGUAUCGUCUGAUGAUAUCAAGGAAACGGGUUACACUUAUAUAUUACCGAAGAACGUUCUUAAGAAAUUCGUUACUAUUUCAGAUCUGCGAGCGCAGAUCGCAGGAUAUUUAUACGGAAUUAGUCCACCGGAUAAUCCACAAGUCAAAGAAAUACGAUGUAUAGUUAUGGCUCCACAGUGGGGUACCCAUCAAACGGUUCACUUACCUAACACACUUCCGAAUCAUCAGUAUCUCAAAGAGAUGGAGCCUCUUGGUUGGAUUCAUACUCAACCUAACGAGCUACCACAGUUGUCACCGCAGGAUAUAUCUACACAUGCUCGAAUAAUGGCGGAAAAUCCAAUUUGGGAUGGAGAAAAAACUAUUGUUAUCACUUGCAGUUUUACACCAGGAUCUUGUUCUCUUACGGCAUAUAAAUUAACACCUAGCGGGUUCGAAUGGGGAAAGCAAAAUACCGACAAGGGAAAUAAUCCUAAAGGUUAUUUACCAAGUCAUUAUGAAAAGGUACAGAUGUUGUUGUCCGAUCGUUUUCUUGGCUUUUUCAUGGUUCCAAGUCAAGGAUCUUGGAACUAUAACUUUAUGGGUGUGAGACAUGAUCCGAACAUGAAAUAUGAACUGCAAUUGGCAAAUCCGAAGGAAUUCUAUCACGAGAUUCACAGACCUGCCCACUUUUUGAAUUUUUCGAGUUUAGAGGAUGGGGAGGGUGUCGGAGCUGAUAGAGAAGAUGUGUUUGCAUAAAUGAAUAAUAAAAAAAACAAAAGGGAUCGAGAAAUAAAGAAUGGAUAUUUUCAUUAUUGUACUAUUCUUUUUCUUUAUGCUUGCAGUGAUAAUGUUAACACGUUUGAUACAA